AAAGUGUCUCUCCAUGCGAGCUACAUAGUUUUCAGAAUUGACAUCUUCCAAUCGUUUGGAUAUUAUUCACCUUUAACUCCAGGCGGGGCACCUUGACGUUUGUGGUAGCCGUGACAAUAGAUGUGACUGGUAACUGCGAGUUUUACCCAUAUCCACCCGCAGUUCCAGUUCAGCUCUAGACCAGCUCCAGUUCCGCACCAGCAAAACCCGUACACAUCCAAGUCCUAAGCAGUCACCGAAAUGGAUCGUAAGGCUGAGCUGGAACGGAAGAAGGCCAAGCUGGCCGCUUUGCGCGAGGAGAAGGAUCGAAGGCGGCGCGAGAAGGAGAUCAAGGACAUGGAGGAAGCGGCUGGUCGAAUCGGCGGCGGUGCUGGCAUCGAUAAGGAUCAGCGGAAGGAUCUCGACGAGAUGCUGUCGUCGCUGGGCGUGGCUCCCGUAUCAGAAGUGCUCUCCUCCCUGUCCUCCGUCAACUCAAUGACGUCGGACAACUCCAACACACAGACCCCCGAUGCUAGCUUGCAGGCUACCGUUAAUGGGCAAAGCGGCUCCAAGAAACAGCCCCUCAACCUGAGUGUCUACAAUGUGCAGGCAACGAACAUUCCACCAAAGGAGACGCUGGUUUACACGAAACAGACACAGACUACUAGUACCGGCGGACACGAACGUGAUGUUCUUUCUUGCCACUCCUCGCCUCUGUCAGGAUAUAUGGAGGACUGGUGGCGUCCACGUAAAGCUCAUGCUACGGAUUAUUAUGAUGAAUACAAUCUUAAUCCGGGUUUAGAGUGGGAGGAUGAAUUCACAGGAGAUGACGAAGAGAGCUCGCUGCCACAUCUGGACAAUGGAUUCACUUCCAAGUUGCCCCCGGGUUAUCUCACCCAUGGCCUGCCCACCGUCAAGGACGUGGCUCCGGCCAUUACGCCGCUCGAGAUCAAGAAAGAGACUGAGGCGAAGAAGGAGGUCAAGGAGCUAUCCGAGGAGCAGAAGCAGAUGAUCAUCCUAUCGGAGGACUUCCAGCGGUUUGUGGUGCGCGCCGGUCGCGUCAUCGAGCGAGCCCUUUCGGAGAACGUGGACAUCUACACGGACUACAUUGGUGGGGGCGACAACGAGGAAUCUAGUGACGAGCGAUCGCAUGCACGACUCUCGCUGAACCGGGUCUUUUACGAGGAGCGCUGGUCGAAGAACCGCUGCAUUACCAGCAUGGAUUGGUCUACGCACUUCCCGGAGCUAGUGGUGGCUUCGUAUCACAACAAUGAGGAGAGCCCCAAUGAGCCCGAUGGCGUCGUCAUGGUGUGGAAUACAAAGUUCAAAAAGACCACGCCCGAGGACAUCUUUCACUGCCAGAGCGCGGUGAUGUCAACCUGCUUUGCCAAGUUCAAUCCCAACCUAAUCCUCGGCGGCACCUACUCUGGUCAAAUUGUGCUGUGGGACAACCGUGUGCAGAAGCGCACUCCCAUUCAGCGCACGCCCCUAAGUGCUGCGGCUCACACGCAUCCCGUAUACUGUCUCCAAAUGGUUGGCACCCAGAAUGCGCACAACGUCAUCUCCAUAUCCUCGGACGGAAAGUUGUGCUCUUGGUCUCUAGACAUGUUGUCGCAGCCGCAGGACACGCUCGAGCUGCAGCAGCGCCAGUCGAAGGCCAUCGCCAUCACGUCCAUGGCAUUCCCUGCUAACGAGAUUAACUCGUUGGUGAUGGGCAGCGAGGAUGGAUACGUCUACUCUGCCUCGCGCCAUGGUCUUCGGUCCGGUGUCAACGAGGUGUACGAACGGCAUUUGGGCCCCAUUACCGGCAUUUCCACACACUACAACCAACUCUCGCCGGACUUUGGCCACCUCUUCCUGACCUCGUCGAUCGACUGGACCAUCAAGCUUUGGUCGCUUAAGGACACAAAGCCGCUGUAUUCUUUCGAAGAUAAUUCGGACUAUGUAAUGGACGUGGCUUGGUCACCAGUGCAUCCAGCACUUUUUGCCGCCGUUGACGGCAGCGGUCGUCUGGAUCUGUGGAACCUCAACCAGGACACCGAGGUGCCAACAGCUUCUAUCGUUGUGGCAGGAGCACCAGCUCUAAAUAGAGUCUCAUGGACACCCUCCGGUCUGCAUGUGUGCAUCGGCGACGAGGCCGGCAAGCUGUACGUGUACGACGUGGCCGAAAAUCUGGCUCAACCUUCACGGGACGAAUGGUCUCGGUUCAACUCGCAUCUGAAUGAGAUCAAGCUUAACCAGAGCGACGAAGUCUAAGACGAUAGCAGUUGUAGUAGUCGCGAGAUGAAUCCCACAGGGUGAUGAUGAGUCCUUGAAUGAAAUUUAAAUUGUAUUUUUUUUUGUGAUCCCCACUACUCCAUAGCGCUGUGUAUAGACCAGACAAACCCACGCUCAUCCGCAGUCCAAAUGCUCAGCAUGCUCGAUUGAUCACUUCCUCGUCCGUAAUCCGCAAUUCUUAAUCCUCAAUCCCCUCUAUCAAGUAACUGAAGUAAAUGUAUUAGAAUGUUCAUCCAAUGAAACGGAAUUUAGAUAUUUAUAAAGAGACCGAUUUGAUA